CUGUUGAAACAUGGAUCGUUCCACUCCGAGGCUGCGCUCGCCAUCCUUCAUUAUGCUCCAGCUCUGGGAGAAGCCCCUCGAAUAUCUGUUCAGAAAGCGGAGCGACUAAAACCGCCAACAGCCCACAAAAAGAGGCAAUAGGCUUUUGCACCAAAAAAAUCAGCUCCCCCAAAACAAACAACAAAGGGGAGAUUAUUACAGAUAACAGCUGAUUUCGAGCAUCUCUUGAGUCACCUUGGAUUGGUAUCCUAGCCUGAGGAGUGUGUGUGGUACGCUGACAAAGAAAGAGAGGGAGUGAGAGGACGAGAGUGAGAGUCGGAGGAUGUCCUAAUUAAGGGGAACUCAGAGGGUUUGAACCAGAUAAUCUUACAUAACCUCGUUCGGGAGGACACGCAGCAUUUGAUACUGAGAAAAUGGAAAUGACGUGCCCUCAGAGACCCGUCCCCACGGCGUGGAGGGAAAGUAUAGUGGAGGGGGGGAGGCUUCUUCUUGGAGUCCGCCGUGUUUACGUACAGGACGGCGUGUCCUCCUGUGCGGCUCAGUGUGUAAAGGAUGUUGACGAUAGAGAGACAGACGAGAUAAAGGGUUCAAAUCCAGAGACGAGGAACCUCGAGUCUGGCAUCAGAGGAAUGACUUCAUCUUUACGUAGAGAUCACAGAAAGAGGCGACCCUUCCCCGCAGUCAGUUCACACGUAUGUUAAUAUCACCACGGCCCCAUAGCACGCAGUGUCCUUGGAAAUCGAUCCCAAAGAAAGUGACAUUGGAUUCAUGGAGUCCCUUGAAACUACUGCGGGGGCGGAGAGCCCCACUGAGGGUCAGGACGGACGUGUCGGUGCGCACACAAAAUGCACCUCGGAGGCGGCAGCGCGGACGAGGGGUCCAUCGGUCGAAUUGGAAGGCGAGGGGCGGCGCCAGCGACCGCGAGAAGGUCAGAGCCGAGACGCGCGUGGUUUCCAAGAGAUGUCUGACUCGGGGAAAUCACUGCAAUUAGAAGAUCAGCAGUCCCGAACUCAGUCCGCCGGCCGUCAAGACCACGAGGAGUCUUCGUAUCCAGCGAAGGGGUUUCCCAUCGGCAGACAGAGAUCUGCAGAGUCCCCUGGACCCGCGUCUCGCAUGAAGUCCGCCGGCCCACCCGAAGUCCAACAGCAGUGUUCCCAUCCGGGGAUGGAUCAGCUGUGUGACGCCGCGUGUAAAGUGGAGCAGAAAGCGGCGCAAAAGCCCGGGAAGUAUGUUUGCGAUUACUGCGGAAGGGGGUGCGCCAAACCCAGCGUGCUCAAGAAACACAUUCGCUCGCACACCGGCGAGCGGCCCUAUCCGUGCGUCCUGUGCGGCUUCUCCUUCAAGACGAAGAGCAAUCUGUACAAACACCGGAAGUCCCACGCUCACUUGGUCAAAGCGGGAACGGCGACGCUCUCCGAACUCGGUUCUUACAACGCCGACCAGGGGUCUUUUGAAGGGGACGGAGAGUUUUUCUCCGACGGCGAGCAAAGCACGGACACGGACGAGGACGCGCUCAGCGACCCGCUGCUGCUGCUGGACUCUCCGGCGGAGGGGUCGGAUAACACCGCCAUAAAAGUACUGAAUCUCAUCGCUCAGAGAAAGGGAGUCGCGUCGAUCUCGCCUCAGGACGGCUCAUCCCAGCCCCAAGAAAUCAAUGCGCCCGCCACCGCCGGCGAGGCCGGCCGCGCAAUUCAAUCGUGCGCCAUCAAACAGAGGCUCGCACUUCGGCUGUCCGAGAAGCGAAGCAGCGACUCGGAACGCAAUCUGUCCCUCCCGAGUCAGUCCAGCAAGGGCAGCACGGACUCCGGCUACUUCUCGCGCUCCGAGAGCGCCGAGCACCAGACCGGCUCUCCGAACACCAACGCAAAGUCCUAUCAAGAAAUUAUGUUCGGCAAGUGUUACAGGCCGAGCCCGAAACAGACGGCGGACAUGUUGGCUUGCAGCACAGACUCGGACGAGUACACGGGGAGACGCUCCGAGAGGGGAGUCUCCCGCGUGUUCACCCAGGAAAAAGACUUCGUCGAGCCCAUCAAAAUAAACACAAAGUCGUCGGCGAGGGAGGAGGAGAAAGAAGCGCAGUUAGACGGCGGCCCCGAUGGGGGGACCCUGACGAGGAGCAACUCGAUGCCGACGUCCCCGGCGGUGUGUCUGGCUAUGCCUCAGGCCCUCAGAGGCAGCCACUCGUUCGACGAGAGGACGAACACCGGCGGCACGAGGAGGCUCAGGCGGCAAGCUGCUUUCGAACACUCGGCGCACGACGGCCACGCGGACGCCGACGGCCACGGAAAGGCGAGCGAGGGCGGCACCUCGCCCGCGGGAUCCGAGAUGGAAAACCACCCCUCCGUGGCCUCCAGCGUGAGCCAUCAGAGACACGCGAUGGAACUGGCAACGCGGAAGCGUCGGAAAGAGAAGCGGGAAGAGGAGGAUUUGCCAGGUCAAUACGAAGGCCGUCGCGAACAGUGCGAGGACAUGUUUGACUCGAAUAGCGACUACGAUUCAAAAGAAGCUGCCGUGAGCCUCAUGGCAUUAGGAAAAGGGUAUUCUUCAAGUAUGCUCACGCAGAUGGACUGGUGUGACAUGGAGGUGUCGGUGAGCCCUGAAAUGUCCGCGAGGAAAACUUUAGGGAAUGUCAUUUCUGUGAUCCAGCACACAAACUCGAUAAACAGGUCUCACUCCGAACAGUCCGACUCCUUCAAGUACCAUGGGCAGAGACAGAGCAGCAUGCCUUCGUCACAAGCGAUGGAGGCGAGUGAAUCUUAUGAGUUGGAAAGGAGCGACUGCAUGCUGAGGCAAUCAUUUCAAAUGGGCCCCAAACUUGUGCGUCAGCCCAACAUACAAGUCCCAGAAAUCCGUGUCACGGUAGAGCCCGACAGUCCGGAAAAGGCCCCGGAGGUGCAGGCGAAGGAGGCAGAGAAGCACGUGGAGGAGUUCCAGUGGCCUCAGAGGAGUGAAACGUUAGCACAGUUCCCUCCAGAAAAGCUCCCUCCGAAGAAGAAACGGCUACGCCUGUGCGACAUCGAGCACUCCUCCGGCGAAUCCAGUUUCGAGUCUGCCUGCACGAGUCUCUCCCGCAGCCCGAGCCAGGACAGCAACCUAUCUUACAGCUCCGCCUUCUCCUUCGACAGGGAGGAGAGUUUGAAGUCGGUCUCUCCGGCCAGGCAGGACGAAUUUGGCAAACCGCUGGAGCUCUUAGCGGUGCCAGGGAGUGGCCACUCCCUCUCCGUGCUCAACCAGCGGCAACAACACGAAAUGAGACGCUCCGCCUCGGAGCAGGCGCCGUGCAACUUGCGCAAAGAGUUCCCGGAGGCGCGCAGCAUAUCGUUCGACUACGGCAGCCUUUCUCCGGCGAGCAAAGGUCGACCGGUGGACGUCGGCCUCUCGGCUGUGAAGGAGAUCCGGCGGGGGAACUUGGUGCGGCAGGAGUCGUUGAAUAUGGACACUGAGGUGUUCCCGCAGCAUCGCAGCAGCUCCUCCCCUCCAUUCAUGGCAGUUGCCGCUCUGCCGCGGACUUUGCCGAUAUUCUCCACGGGGAAUACCUUCCCCCAGCUGUCGCAUCCAAGCCUUUCAGUCCCCGUUCGGAUGCAGACCCACGUGCCGUCCCACGGCAGUAUCACAUACACAUCAGUAUCGCAGAUCUUCGACAAUCAGUACGACGUCGUGAGCUCCGCUACGUCCUCCUCUCAGAGUCAGAUUUCCCGUUUGUCGGGAAAUCUCGAUUCUCACGACGCGUCGGCGUACACCGGACCGCCUUCGACGCACAGGCUCAACGUCGAAGCCCCCGAUUUGUCAUCGGCGAAGCUCCAGACGGGCAUCCCCCUCUCCCUGACCUCCAGAACCAUCUCGACCACGAACGCCUCCAGCGGCGGCGCCAACAAGCGGAUGCUGUCCCCCGCCAGCAGCAUGGAGCUCUUCAUGGAGGUCAAGCAGCAAAAACGGGUGAAAGAGGAAAGGAUGUUCGGGCAGAUCGUGGAGGAGCUGAGUGCCGUGGAGUUGGGCGAAGAGAAGGGCCUCAUUUCCGAGAUGCUGGGUGACUCGCGUAUGAGUCCGUUUAUCGCACAGAAAGAGGACAGUGACCACGGCGUUGAGUCGGCCAUGGAAAGCAGCUCCGCUUCCUACUCCACGAUAUCAGCCAGCGAAGGGAAAGAAGUUGGCGCGGGGAAACGGGUGCAGAUGGACACGGUGGCGCAGCUGGUCGCCAGUCGAGAACUCCUGAUCUCAGACACGGAGAAUUCAAGACUGUUUCCAAGCCUACGCACGACGACGGGGGUGAGCUGGUGUUAUCUCAACCGCACCAAGCCGAGCUGCUCUCACAGCAACGCCCCUUUCUCCUCCGUGUACACCGCCUGGUGUGUGAGCUCCCACAACCCCAACCCUCUGGAGCUGAGCACCAGCAGCGCUCUGGCUCUGCUGCGGUCCAAACAGAGGGGCGACAAGGUCAUAUACACCGUGGCGGCCAUGUGUCAGCCCGGCGCGGGGAAACUGGUGUCAUCCCUCAUCCUGUGGAGGCAGACCAUGGAACAGAGGAAACCGGAGCCCAAAGAGGUGGACAUCGCCUACGGGAAGAAGGUGAAAGACAUCGGCUGCAGAGUGAGAAGCGCCAAGGAGGAGUGGAAGGAGAGGGAGGCGUCCACAAUCCAAACAGUGCCAACGCGCAUUAAGAUCUUCGAUGGAGGGUACAAGUCCAAUGAAGACUACGUGUAUGUCAGAGGUCGAGGCCGGGGGAAAUACAUUUGUGAGGAGUGUGGCAUUCGCUGUAAGAAGCCGAGCAUGCUGAAAAAACACAUCAGGACCCACACGGACGUGAGGCCGUACGUCUGCAGGGUCUGCAACUUUGCUUUUAAAACGAAAGGAAACCUGACGAAACAUAUGAAGUCAAAGGCACACAUGAAGAAAUGUCUUGAGCUCGGGGUGUCGGUGACGAUGGAUGACACGGAGAUACAGGAACACGUGGACGACAGCCAACAAGAUUCCAAGACGGAUCCGGUCAACGCAGCCAAACACCAGUUCUCCGACGCCGAGGACUCUGACGGAAUGGACGAAGACGUCGACGAAAUCGACGAAGACGACGACGAGGACGACGAAUACGAGGGCGACUCCACUCCCAAGUUGCGUUCCAGAAGCACGAGCCCCCAGCCGUGCGGCGUGACCUCCCUGGCGGUCACGGCCACCGCCGCUCUCCACGUCUACUCCCUCACCUCUCUGCCCGGCGGGCGGAGCGGCUCGGAUCAUCGACCCGCCUUCGACCAGCGGGAGAAGUCCCUGGACGAAGACUCUCUGACCAUGCUGUCUCCGGACCACGCCGGCUUCCUCUUCGACCCGUACUCGUCGUGCCUGCUCUCUCCCGGUUGGGAGUCUCCCAUCAGGGAGCCCUCCCCUUCGCGCCGGCGUUACCCGUCCCCGCGGCGAGAGCUCUCCCCGCGAGGCCGCUCCUCUCCCAGGUGGGACGCCUCCCCGCGGAGAGCCGGCUCGCCCGGCUUCACGCCCGUUCGGCGACCCGUGUCUCCCGGGACGGAGCUGGCCUCGAUCAGAGGCCGGCAGAGAGUCGUGCUGAGGGCGGUGUCUCCGCGGAGAGGCUCGCACCAGCACAAAGGCGGCGGCGAGAAAACCCGACACCUGGCGCAGAUGGAGAUGGCUCAACACGGAGCCUUUGAAAUGGAGAUGGAUCGGAGGAGCAGCUCGGCUCCCGGCCCGCCCGGCUCGCUCCCCCAGAACAUCCUCAGCCACCUCCCUCUUCACUCCCAGCAGCCGGCCCGCAGUUUGCUCCCCGUCCUUCCGGUCGGAGGGCUCCAGAUGUCGCCGCACUCUCCGCCUUCCUCCGGCACCGAUGUCACCUUUCCCUCGGCGCCGAGCCCCCAGAGCAGCGAGGGCCGGCGCUGCUGCAGCAGCAGGGAGGGAUCGGUCCAUGGGCCCGAGUCCGGGGGGGAGGACGCCGGGAGAAGCCUCGACCCCGACGCCGGGGACGGCGCGCAGGAGGAGAUCGUCCAGACCUGCUUGAAAGCCAUCGCCUCAUUGAAGAUCACCACAGAGGACCCUCACUGAAACCCCCACCCUCCAUUGUUGUCCUCCUUUCUGUCUCCUUGAUUUGACCCAGGAGCCGACUGCCCCUCCCCCACGCGACACCUGCAACCUCGUCGUCCUCAGCCCUUUAGGCACAUAACCUCCAUCUUUAUCCAAUUAGAGGCAAUAUGAUAACACUUCCUCGGGUCUCGCACACACACUCCAGACGGCUCCUUUUUUUAGAUCCGAGUGGGGGGGGUCAAACCUUCACAGGGAAGAAGAAGCCCGCCGUGUCUGAUGAGCUCUUGGAGACGAUUGGACGAGCGAGCAGGACGUCUCGCGAGAUCGGAGAAUCGUUAUUGGGCGCAGGUGCAAUAUGGAAAAAAUAUUAUGCUAAUAUGCCUUUUGUUUGACAUAGUAGUUUGCGUACUAUUGCACAUAAAUUAUAUUUAUGGAUUCUGUACAAAUUGUCCUUAACAUAUACUCCUUCUUAGAUGCAUACAAACAGCGUAUUUUACAGUAUGUGUACUUUGAAAAAAAUAGACUGUUGUUUAAUGUAAUCAUAUCGAGGUGUGACGCAGUAGUGCAGUAAAUAAAGACUAUUUAUAAAAGGGGGGAAAGUAUGUGUGUUAUGAAACAGUCUGACCAAAUUUUAAGUAGACGCUUCUUGUGCAGUUUGGUGCUUCGAAUCAAGCGGCAAGCGGCUGUGCCUUUUUAUUUCUUUGCUUUCCGUCGUUUUUGGCCUCGAGAAGGUCGUCGUGGGGUAAAAAGGAAGUUAUCGCCGAGGUCGGCUUUUAUUCAGAAGAGUCGGCGCCGUCAAAGAGAAAAGCCUUUUUCUUUCUUUCUUGUUCCCGUCGGUCGUGCCGGCAGACGGACGGGACGCGGCUUGAUUUACGUGAAACAAUCUUAAGAAAUGUUUCCUGUGUUGCAUUUUUCUAAAUGUCGUGGUUUUUAAAUCUUGGUAACAAUGCAUGGGGAUUUGCUAUUGCACAAAAAUAGAGGAAGUUUGACCUGUAAUUGUGAAUACUGUAAGAUGUAUUUAUAUAUUAGAACGUGAGCACUUAUUGAUACUGGUAAAUAUUUGACUACUAUUUAUAUGGUAUAUCUGUACUUAUGCAGCAGUGAUGCAGUUAUGCAGUAAGCCACCGCGCUGGCAUCGCUUCGGAUCUCAUGUAUUUGCUUUGGAUUAAACGGCGUUUAUUCUCUCUCUCUCUCUCUCUCUCUCGCUCUCUCUUCUAAAGAUUAUGAUUUUUUUUUACGAUGCACUUUCAUCCUUUCAUCUUUUGAUGUUUAACUGACGUGGUCGGUGAAAAUAAGGGAGUAAAACUUGUUGUGUUUUCUCGUGUUUUUUGUUUUUUUUAAACAUUCCAGUUGUUUUUUUCUUCUUUUCUUUCACGUUUCUCCUUUAGUGAAACACGUUGCACACUAAUUAAUUCACGGGGCUAUGAUGAUCAGUCAAUAGUAUGUUUUUUUUCUUGCAUUUCAAGUGUAACUGGAUGAAUCGAUAUCACUUUACUGUAAGUAAUACUAAAGUAAUGAUGUUAACGGCGUGGUUGACUAUUACUGUGCUCAAAGUCAUCAUAACUUCUUCUCUGUACAUAUAUGUGUAUUUUUAUGAUUUCAACUAUUUUUGCAGUGUUGAAUUGAUGAGAACUUUUUACGUGGAUUAUUUAUAUCUCUUUAAGAGGUAUACACACACACACACACACACACAGGAGUCCGGAGGUUUUAACAAGGGCGAUGAAUAGCACAGCGUCUCAUCUUUUAAAAGAAAUGAAUUUGAAAAGAAAAAUAAUAAAGUGUAUUCACAUCUUGAAGUGGUUACCAGUUUUGAGAAUGACUUUUCAAGAAUCAGAAAAAAAACCACUUUGUUUGUUCGCUCAUGUUUACAUAAAACAAUAUUUGAAAAGGUGCACUGCUUUAAUCCUGUGUUCCCCCCUUUUUUUCCCCCGGAGAUGUGCGUAUUUAUGGAUAUAUUUGAUUUCAUGUGAUUUUAUUUGUCGUGACGGUGCAGAAUGCUCAUGAGAUUGCGGAGGACAAGUAAAGCCUUCCGUUUGCUUUGGCACACAAGUAUGUAUUCAGAUUGUGUUUGUGUUUUGUUUUUAUCGUGUACUUCUAUAUUUACUGAACUGCUUUGUGCCUCUCAUGUUUUAUGAAAUUCACGAAUCAUUUGACCUCUUCGGAUCUUUUGAGGAUCAGUAGCCGACCCGUUGUUUAGCUAUUCGCAUCGAAGCUGGUUAGUCAGGACGGAGAAUGCCUCUUCAAUGCUACGGGGGACUUUAUUGUUUGGUGCUCUACUUUUUUCAGAUUAAAUUCAAAAUUGUUUUAAAAAGAAUAUAAUUCUAA